CAAGGAAAAGUACCCCUCUGCGCCGAGAAUUAGGAAUGCCAGAAACACACUCGUGUUCGAGAACCCGAGGAUGCCAAAUGCGAUCCCGCAUGCCUGCGAGGCGAGGCGGACGGUGACGUGGAAGAAGACAAGCGAGUAGCGAGAGCGCCACUUGAUGCGGUGGGUGAGGUAUGCAAAGAGCAUCCACGCGAAGAUCGCCAGGUACUUUGCGGGGUUUUGCAAUAGAUCAGCACAGGAGGUGGACGGCAACGAUGAGGGCACGCACAGCGAUGAGGAAAACGAGGGCUGCGCCGGCUUCACCUGUGAAGCGGGCCAUCUGGGGUGAAUAGUCAGGGAUCAUAACGCUGCUUGGAGUGCAGUUGCUGAUAAGAAGGAUGGGGGAUUAAAAAAAGGUGCAGCAUGCAACUGCGCACAGAAGCCAGACAGGUGACGGCGCCGCACUAGCAACACCUCUCCAUUCGAAAAACAAAACAGUCAGAAUGGAAUCCAUCUGUAUUGGCUUUGCGGUGCCCAGGUUCAGUCCGGAAAUCGAUCCGAAUCAGACCUGGAAACAAGCUAACUCGUGGUCUGAGUUGGAAAUUUCCAUGCCAGAACUGUAGUUCAGUUCGCAUUUCUCGGGCAGGCGGAUUAAGCAUGAUCACGAGCUGGUCUCAAUGGAUGCCAAACAAUGUCCCGGAUCUCGUACUUUCCUGUCGCUUACCAAGCUUUUAGUUCGGUAUGCCGCUGAUAUGACGCAUCUGCCGGCAUUUCAUCCUGCGCACUUUUCGCCGCCGCAAAAUUGGUCCUGGGCAUUCGUUCUUUCCACGGCGUUUCUCGGGCUCGUCGCAACAUGUGAAACCCUCCGACCGUCAAGGCCGGAUGAAAAUUGAAUCCAAUGAAAGGAUUUACCAACUGCUGGCUAUUUCCGCCGGCUCAGUUUUCUCGACCACAUGUGUCCUCCUGAUUGGUUGCCCACAUCUGAACCAAUUCGAAGACCCGAGAUGGGCCAGUUCCUUUGUGCAUGCGCCAUCGUUUGUCAUCGUCCGGACGAGUCACGCCACCGAUUUCACCUAUAUCAGCCAC